GAGCGCCCACGCUGACGUUCCCCUUCCAUUUCCAGCUUUUUAAGCAGCAUCUGCCCCACUGAACCACCGAGGUCAUGGGCGAACACACCCCAGCGCCGCGCCGCGCCCCCCUCCGCGCCCUUGCCCAGGCGGAGGCGGCCGACGCGCCUGCGUGCGCACUUAGUAUAAAUAGGUCCCAGGCGGCGGCCACUGGGUAGAACCGGGCAGCGGGCGCCGCGGGCCAUGGCGGGCGAGGACCACCAGUGGCAGGGCAGCAUCCUCUACAACAUGCUUAUGAGCGCGAAGCAAACGCACGCGGCUCCCGAGGCACCCGAGGCACGGCUGGGGGGUCCGUGCUGGGGCUGCUCGUGUGGCACUGAGCCCCGGGUGGGCAGAGAGGGGCUGCUGGGUGGGCGGGCCGUGGCGCUCCUGUACCGCUGCUGUUUUUGCGGUGAAGACCACCCGCGCCAGGGCAGCAUCCUCUACAACAUGCUUACGAGCGCAAAGCAAAUGUACGCGGCUCCGGAGGCGCCCGAGGCGCGGCUGGGGGGUCCUUGCUGGGGUUGUUCGUGCGGAGCUGAGCCCGGGAUGGGCAGAGAGGGGACUCAGGGCGGGCGAGCCGUGGCGCUCCUGUACCGCUGCUGCUUUUGUGGCGAAGACCACCCGCGACAGGGCAGCAUCCUCUACAGCUUGCUCACGAGUGCAAAGCAAACGCACGUGGCUCCGGAAGCGCCCGAGGCACGACCACAGAGCGCGUGGUGGGAACGCUCCCACUGCGCUCAGAGGCUGGGGGGCAGAGAGGGGAUACCAGGCGGGCGGGCCGAGGCGCUCCCGUACCGCUGCUGCUUUUGCGGCGAAGACCACCCGCGGCCGGGCAGCAUACGCUACAGCUUGCCCACGAGCGCAAAUCAAACCCGCGCGACUCCAGAGGAGCAGCCGGGGGCCCCCUGGUGGGACAUCUCGUGUGGUGCGCAGCGUCCGGUGGCACUCAAGAGUCCACAGGUGGUCUGCGAGGCAGCCUCAGCGGGCCUGUUGAAGACGCUGCGCUUCGUCAAGUACUUGCCCUGCUUCCAGGUGCUGCCCCUGGACCAGCAACUGGUGCUGGUGCGCAGCUGUUGGGCGCCCCUGCUCAUGCUUGAGCUGGCCCAGGAUCGCUUGCACUUCGAGACCGUGGAGACCUCGGAGCCCAGCAUGCUGCAGAGGAUCCUCACCACCAGGCGGCGGGAGACCGCGGGCGACCAGCCACUGUCCCUGUCCACGCAGCAGUCACAUUUGGCACCGCCGCCGCCGGAGGUCGCGCAGUUGCCCUCUGCCGCCCAGGUCCAAGCCAUCAAGUGCUUCCUUGCCAAGUGCUGGAGUCUGGACAUCAGCACCAAGGAGUAUGCCUACCUCAAGGGGACCGUGCUCUUUAACCCGGACCUGCCAGGCCUGCAGUGUGUGAAGUACAUUCAGGGACUUCAGUGGGGAACUCAGCAGAUACUCAAUGAACACGUCAGGAUGACGCACAGAGGGCACCAGGCCAGAUUCGCUGAACUGAAUAGUGCCCUUUUCCUGCUGAGAUUCAUCAAUGCCAAUGUCAUCUCUGAACUGUUCUUCAGGCCCAUCAUUGGCACAGUCAGCAUGGAUGAUAUGAUGCUGGAAAUGCUCUGUGCAAAGAUAUGAAGGCAUGUGGGCCACAUGAGUAUAGUUCACCAUGAAGGAGAAAUAGAGUGCUGUGGGCAAAAGUGUGUAAGAUAUUGUAUAAUAAACUUUCUUAUUAUUUUUA